AACAAAAUUUAAUGAAAGCAGAGUAGAAGUAAGUGGUAACUGCAAUAACCGAACAUAGCAGGGUCGGAAUUCGGUGAUUCGAAAACAAAAUCCUAUUUUUUCUGGUUAUCCAAACACUCUCUCUCUCUCUAUAUGUGUGUUAGCGCUUGCAGAGAGCAUUGAAGAAGAACAAAGAUGGUGUUAACUUCAAUUUCAAUAGUCUCUUCCUCAUCUUCAUUCCUCUCCGAUUCUCCUUCCUCUUCAACCAGACCCUUCUUCCCUUCCUCAAACCGAAACCUUCUUUUCACAAGAAAACCACCACUUCCCAAUGCUACCCUCAGAGCCUCUUCUUCUUCUUCCGCGUCGCAGGAAAAUGGGUCGCCGGAGCAGUUCCUCAACAGCAAUUCCAUCGCCGAUUUCAUGCGUUUCAAGCGCCGCGUCGACGGUGGUGGCAGUGCCGAGUUGCAGACGGCGGUUGUCGGCUACAAGAAGAGGUUCCCUUGGUCCCUUUUGCGCCCUUUCCUUCAGGUUGACUUGGUUUCGACAAUUCACAUCGCUGAUGAAGAGAGAAUCCUCUGACUUUGCCGUCUCAUGGUCUUGACUGUGUUAAGGUGUUUAUGAGGAUGGUUUUGAGGAGUGCCUACACACACUUUAACUCACUCCCACACACUCUCUAUUGUUAGUUAAAAUUUAGGUUCAAUUAUUCUUUUAAUCCCUAUUUUUAUAUAAUUUGAUCCCUUAAUUUUUAAAAUUUUUAAAAUCGAUGCAAUAUUGUUUUCCAUCUAAUUUAGAUAUUAUAAUCAGUUUAAAAAGUAAUUUCCUAGAUUGAUUAAAAUACAAUCGAUAUAUAAAGUCUUAUUAAACCUCUUCAUAUACUCUUCUAGGAUUCUUUCACUUUCAAGAAUAUAAUCAAUUUAGAAAUUAACUUCCUAGGUUGUUUGCAGUAUAUGUUGGCAGUAACCAUCUAUUUUUGAGUCGAACUGUUAGACUACCUGCAAGAAAGGUAGAUGUGAUAAGCAGUUGAUGAAAAUGAUUCUUAAUCAUGGUAGUGGUGAUUACAUAUUCCUUAAUGAUUUCAUUCAAUCUAGCCAACCACAGGGGCUAAACCAUAACCCACAAAUUUUGGUAAUUUCUUAUAAAUUUCAACUAAUGAUAAAGAAUAUGCUGGAAAGAGUGUGUCGCAGAGAAUGCCUGUAGGUCUAAGU